GGGCAGCCAUCUUGCUACAAACACAAACAGAGAGGAGCGGCCGCCGCGGGAGCGCCAGCGCCCCCCCCCCCACAGUCCCCCCCUAUUGCCGCCGCCGCCGUCCCGGCCCGCCGCGCGCCACCCGCCCGUCACCGCCACCGCCGCGCCCGGGUCACCAACGCCCCGGGGGACCGGGAACCUCGCGCCUCCCCCCUCCCCCGACUCCUGGCGUCCUACAGCGGAUGGGGCCUGGAGAGGCACACUGGUCCAGCCUGCUUCCCAGCCUGUGAUAAAACCCCACGUACUGCCCCUGGACACUGCCUGCCCUUUCUCCUCUACCUGCCCUUCCUGGAUGAACCCCUUCCUGAGAGUCUCCUACCCAGGCCCCUAGAGGAACCUGCCCCUGUGGCUGCCACUGCUGCCUCAUUAGCCUGAAUUGAGACUGAAUUCGCCUCUUCCCAUAUGGAUCUUUCCCAGAUGUGAAAGUUUCUCCCAGGCACUUCCAAGGCUCUAGCUAGUUGCUUGGGGAUCCUAGUUGAGCCCAGCCCAGGCCCUGCCAGACGAGAGCCCUUGUUUCCCUGGACGGGACUGUCAGGUAUCUGGACAGGACACGCCUGCUCCUCUCCUCCAUUCAUCCUUGACCUGUGAGAAGCAUCCCAGUUCCACAAUGGCGGCAGAGACACUCAACUUUGGGCCUGAGUGGCUGAGGGCCCUUUCGAGUGGUGGCAGCGUGGCCUCUCCGCCCCCAUCUCCUGCCAUGCCCAAGUACAAGCUGGCAGAUUACCGCUAUGGGCGAGAGGAGAUGCUGGCCCUCUAUGUCAAGGACAACAAGGUCCCGGAGGAACUACAGGACAAGGAGUUUGCUGCAGUGUUACAGGAGGAUCCACUGCAGCCUCUGGCUCUGGAACCUCUGACUGAGGAGGAGCAGAGAAACUUCUCGCUGUCGGUGAACAGUGUGGCUGUGCUGAGGCUGAUGGGGAAAGGGGCAGGGCCCCCUUUGGCCGCCGCCUCCCGUGGCAGGGGCAGCACUCGGAGCCGAGGGCGAGGCCGUGGCGACAGCUGCUUUUACCAAAGAAGCACUGAGGAAGGCGACGGGGCCUUUGGAAGGAAUCCUCGGGAGAUCCAGCGAAGCCAAAGCUGGGAUGACAGAGGUGAGCGGAGGUUCGAGAAGCCUGCAAGGAGAGAUGGAGUGCGAUCUGGCUUUGAGGAGGGCGGGGCUGGCCCGAGGAAGGAGCACGCACGCUCAGACAGCGAGAAUUGGCGCUCCCUUCGAGAUGAGCAAGAGGAUGACAGCAGCUGGAGACUCGGGGCAGGACCCCGGCGAGAUGGUGACCGCUGGCGUUCCAGCAGCCCUGAUGGUGGUCCCCGCUCUGCUGGCUGGCGGGAGCAUGGGGAGCGGAGGCGCAAGUUUGAUUUUGAUUUGCGAGGGGAGCGCGGAGGGUGUGGUGAAGAAGACGGGCGGGUCGGGGGUGGCACCUCUCAGCUCCGGAGGUGCCGGGGGCUCGAUGGCUUUGAGGAUGACAAGGAUGGGCUCCCAGAGUGGUGCCUGGAUGACGAGGAUGAGGAGAUGGGCACGUUCGAUGCCUCCGGAGCCUUCCUGCCUCUUAAGAAGGGCCCCAAGGAGCCUAUUCCUGAGGAGCAAGAGCUUGAUUUCCAGGGCCUGGAGGAAGAGGAAGAGGAGCCGUCAGAAGGGGCGGAUGAGGAGGGGCCCGAGGCAGGAGGGAAGGAAGCGGCCCCGUUGCCUCCUCCAGAGAAAUCAAGCCCCCCGUCUUCACUGCCGGCCUUGGGCCCUCUCUGGACGGCAAAUGAGGAGGGUAGUGAGGCGGUGGAGACAGAGCUGCCCCCCGCUGAAGGAGAUGAGGUGAGGGGACUGUCUCUAAGUCCUAGACUCAGUUCGCCUCCUGGCCCACCUGGAGAUCUAGAAGAUGAAGAAGGCUUGAAGCACUUGCAACAGGAGGCAGAGAAGCUGGUGGCCUCCCUGCAGGACAGCUCCCUGGAGGAGGAGCAGUUCACCGCUGCCAUGCAGACCCAGGGCCUGCGCCACUCCACAGCUGCCACUGCCCUUCCCCUCAGCCAUGGCGCCGCCCGGAAGUGGUUCUACAAGGACCCACAGGGGGAGAUCCAAGGUCCGUUCACGACGCAGGAGAUGGCGGAGUGGUUCCAGGCUGGCUACUUCUCCAUGUCCCUCUUAGUGAAGAGGGGCUGUGACGAGGGUUUCCAGCCUCUGGGAGAGGUGAUCAAGAUGUGGGGCCGUGUGCCCUUUGCCCCAGGGCCCUCGCCACCCCCGCUGUUGGGGAACAUGGAUCAGGAGCGGCUGAAGAAGCAGCAGGAGCUGGCCGCCGCAGCCCUGUACCGGCAGCUGCAGCACCAGCACUUUCUGCAGCUGGUUGGCAGCCGCCAGCUCCCGCAGUGUACAACGCUCCGGGAAAAGGCAGCUAUGGGGGACCUGACGCCGCCGCAGCAGCAACAGCUCACAACGUUCCUGCAGCAGCUCCAGGCUCUCAAAACCCCCAGAGGUGGGGACCAGAACCUGCUCCCGACGAUGAGCCGGUCCUUGUCGGUGCCAGAUUCAGGCCCCCUCUGGGACUUACAUACCUCAGCUUCACCACAGUCCGGUGGUGAGGCCAGUCUUUGGGACAUACCCAUUAACUCUUCGACUCAGGGUCCAAUCCUAGAACAGCUCCAGCUGCAGCAUAAACUCCAAGAGCGCAGAGAAGCGGAGCUCAGGGCAAAGCGGGAGGAGGAGGAGCGCAAGCGCCGCGAGGAAAAGCGUCGCCAGCAGCAGCAGCAGGAGGAGCAGAAGAGGCGGCAGGAGGAGGAGGAGCUCUUCCGGCGCAAGCAGGUGCGGCAGCAGGAACUGUUGCUGAAGCUGUUGCAGCAGCAGCAGGCAACGAAUGUCCCUGUGCCCCCGGCCCCCAGCUCCCCACCCCCACUCUGGGCCGGCCUAGCCAAGCAGGGUCUGUCCAUGAAGACGCUGCUGGAGCUGCAGAUGGAGAGUGAGCGCCAACUGCACAAGCAGCCGGCCCGGGAGCCUCUGCGGGCCCAGGCCCCCAACCACCGCGUGCAGCUUGGGGGCUUGGGCUCUGCCCCUCUGAACCAGUGGGUGUCUGAGGCUGGGCCACUAUGGGGCGGGCCAGACAAGAGUGGGGGCAGCGGCAGUGGCAACCUGGGACUCUGGGAAGAUACGCUGAAGAGCGGCGGGAGCCUGGCCCGAAGCCUGGGCCUAAAGAACAGUCGGAGCAGCCCGUCUCUCAGUGACUCCUACAGCCACCUGUCAGGCCGGCCCGUUCGCAAAAAGACAGAAGAGGAGGAGAAGCUGCUGAAGCUGCUGCAGGGCAUCCCCCGGCCCCAGGACGGCUUCACGCAGUGGUGUGAGCAGAUGCUGCACACGCUAAGCACCACAGGCAGCCUGGACGUUCCCAUGGCUGUAGCAAUCCUCAAGGAGGUGGAGUCCCCUUAUGAUGUCCACGAUUAUAUUCGCUCCUGCCUGGGGGACACGCUGGAAGCCAAAGAAUUUGCCAAACAAUUCCUGGAGCGGCGGGCCAAGCAGAAAGCCAGCCAACAGCGGCAGCAGCAGCAGCAGCAGCAGCAGCAGCAGCAGCAGCAGGAGGCCUGGCUGAGCAGCUCCUCCCUACAGACAGCCUUUCAGGCCAAUCACAGCACCAAACUGGGCCCUGGGGAGGGCAGCAAGGCCAAGAGGCGGGCGCUGAUGCUUCACUCCGACCCCAGCAUCUUGGGUGAGUGUCGGUGGGCCUGGGAAGCUCUGCUCUCCCCACACGGCCUAGGUGAGCUCACUCACUUCUCCCUGGCUUCAGGGUACGCCCUGCACGGCCCUUCCGGUGAGAUCGAGAGCGUGGAUGACUACUGACUGACCAGCCUGUCCCACCAGCCCCCUGGGCCUUAGACUCGGGAGGCGAGGCGGCAGCAGCAUGGACCCUUGGGUCUCCAGCCUGCAGGCUCCCACAAGGAGCAGAGGAGGAAGGAGGGAGGGAGCGAGCGGGGCAGGGCCCCCAGCACUUGUUACAAACCACACAUGCACCUUAACUCACCCACCACGAGGCACUUUACAGACCGGGAGGGGCUUUUCUUUUCUCUUUAAUUUUAAACAUUAGGAGAGACAAAAAUAUCAUUCGGAAGCCAGACGUAUCCCCUCCGUCCCUUUGGGGAUAACGGGUGUGACAUUGGAAGGCCCACAGAGGUUUGGUUUUGGUUUUUUUGUUUUGUUUUUAUUUUUACUUUUUUUUUUUUCUAGAAAAAAAGAUAAAAAAUAAUGAAAAAAAAAAGUUAGGCUGAAAGGAAAAAAAAAAUCACACUGUUAUUUUCGGCCAGUGGGUACCAGGCCCCAUGGAACUGUCCUACCUGGCCCCCCUGAGGCUGCACUUACCCUGCUGCCCUUAGAAGGUGGGUCACCGGGGUGACUGUAGGCUGGGCGCUGGCAGUUUGCACAGGGAGGCCCUCUCCAGAAGCCCCGCCCACUGGCCCCUCUGUGAUCAGCUCUCUGUGGAGGUUACUGUGGCUGGUGUCCAGGUAAGGGGCCAAAGUCGCCCCUUACCUCAGCUGCUUAGGAGGAACGUUGCACAAAUCGAACGAGCUGCCUCAGCUCCCCCUCCCCCACACCCCGUGAACAGCCCUCCCUCCCACACUGGCAGGGGAGUUGGGGAAAGACCUGUCAGUGGCGGCCUGUCAGGUGGGCUCUGAACUCGGGGCCUGCUGAGAGGCUGCUCCCCACCGCUGCCAUUUUGGGGGACAGCCUGGGUGUGACACUGAAAGCCCUGGCUCCCUGCCUUUGCCACAUGAAUGUAUUCUCUGGCCCCCAAGUCCGUCUCACCCCCUCUGAGAAGGGACACAGCCCUUCUCCAGAAGCUGGAGAGCACCACCUCCUAUCAUGGCCCAGGCCUUGCUUGUGAGGGAAGGACACCGAAGGAGUGGCUUGGGGCUGAACCUGUGGGGGGCGUGGUGAGCGCCCCUGGUCCGCAGCCAGCCCUGUGGGAAGCAGAGCACAGCUCUGCACCCGACCCCUCCACUGACCAAAUGGGGGAGGGGCAGCGGCCCUCCCUCUCCUUGUUGUUUUCCGUGUUGGGUGUAAGGUUGGAGGUCGAAGCGCCCAUGUCCUGGGCUGGGGGCCACCUAGCCUGUGGUCACCGGCUUCACUCCUAGUCCCCCGCCUGGGUGUGUCUCCAUUGUUGUUUGGCUUUCCCCCCUUUUUCUUUUUAAUAUCCUGUGUUAGUGAUUCUCCCAUCGGCCUCAUUGCUCAGAAUGCAGUAUUAGGGCAAGCGAGUGAGCGAGCCCGCCGCCCGCCACUGCCUCCUCCAUGAAUGUAUUUGUCUUUUCUGCCCUGGGGAAGUGGGGAGUGGGCCAGCUUCUUCUUACCCAUCUAUCCCCAGACAGGUGACCUUUUGUUUUCCUUUCAACUUUUUUUUCUUUUCUUUUCUUUUUUUUUUUUUUUGCACCAAAGUGGCAACUGGGUCAGUGUUGGGGUCGGGCCAGCUGUGGUGGAAGGGCCCCUCCACCUGCUUCUCCCUGGUUUUGACAGUGUUAGCGUCUGUGAAAAGACAAUAUUCUCUCUAAAGCAAUAAGGGGGUGAUGGGCCGGGGGAACGUCUUGCUGCUGCUGGCCCCCAGCUCCCUUCCCUCUUGCCAUUGUGGUGGCAUCGGAGGGGUGGGAGAGACUCCUGUCGUGACUGAAUGUAACCUACCCUGCCCCUGCCACAGCCAAUGCAGGGGGACGGGGGGUACUUGUCUCUUCCUACCCCUUCCCCCAGCUACAGAGACUUUGAACUUGGGGGCCCAUGAGCCUGGAGAGGCCUUAACCCUGUGAGGAAGUGUAGGGGGAGCCCUCUCCCACCCCAUCCCCUCUGAGAGUGGUCAAUGUUUACAAGCCCUGAGCCCCUAGCCCAGGGACUCAGAUGCCCCCCACCCUAUCUUAAUCCUUUCCACAUCCCAGCCUUGCAGGGCCCUACUACCCCACCCUGCCCCCUUGGGGUUCAGGGUAGUGGAGGUAUCCUGUGGAUCCCAGUUUACCCUACCUCUCCCCUGUGUGACUUCCCUAAUACCCACUCUUGUAAAUACGCCCAAUAAACCUUGGUGUGUCCUCCCAGUC